AUGACGUUAACGCGUGUAUUAUAUACUGCUAAUGUUGGUGAUGCACGUGCAGUUUUGAAUCGAAAUGGAAUUGCGGUUAGAUUAUCAUAUGAUCAUAAAGGAAGUGAUCUUCAAGAAGCAAAAAGAAUUGUUGAUGCCGGUGGAUUUGUUAUGAAUAAUCGUGUUAAUGGUGUUUUGGCAGUAACACGUUCAUUGGGUGAUAGCACAAUGAAAGAAUUUGUUAUUGGUAAACCAUAUACAGCCGAAACUACUUUAACAGAAAAAGAUUCAUUUUUGAUAAUUGCUUGCGAUGGGUUGUGGGAUGUUUGCGGUGAUCAAGAAGCCGUUGAUCUUAUUGAAGAUAUUACAGAUCCUCAAGUCGCCAGUAAAAGAUUAAUCGAAUAUGCAUUACAAAAUUUUAGUACAGAUAAUUUAAGCGUAAUGGUGGUUAGAUUUACUAAUGGAUAA